AUGUCCGCCGGCGGCGUCAUGCCCCAGCCCGGUAUGAACACCCUCUACGGACCUGGCAGUGUCAUCCCUGGCGGUCUUGGCGACAACGACCAGCCCACCCACGUUGUUGGCUCUCAGGGUCGUCGCGGCAUCCUGCCCAGCGUGCCUGGACGCCCUGUUGCCACUCCCGCCGGCGCCGGAAACAAGAAGAGCACUGUCGUCCUGGUCAAGAAUGCUGAUGGCAAGUUCCUGUGCCCUCACUGCACUAAGACCUACCUCCACGCCAAGCACUUGAAGCGUCACAUUUUGCGUCAUACGGGCGACCGCCCUUACAUGUGUGUGCUGUGCCGCGACAGUUUCUCGCGAAGUGACAUUCUCAAGAAACACUUCCAGAAGUGCUCCAUCCGCCGAGGCAACCCGACUGGUGCUAGUCACUUGUCCCAUUCUCAAGCUUAUGUCAGACAGAAUGCUGCUGCCCAGAAGGCGGCUUUUGGCAAGGAUGCCGGUCUCAACCGCCUCGAUGGCCCUGCUAGCAUGCCUGCGUGUAACGCUUUGAUGCCUAUAGAGAACGACAUUAUGCGACAGCCCGACUAUGGGAACACAGACAAAAUUGAUCUAAAGCUGUCAUGA